AUGGCCGUCUGUUUGGUUCUGCAAUAUACAAAAACGUGCUUCAUUGUUUGCCAAAUGUUAUAGCUCUCUUUCAGCUGCAGUUUUUAACCGCAUUAAUUGCAAGUGCCGGCUUUCCAUUCAUAAAACUGCUCUCGCCGUUCAUCCACGAAUGAGCGUGCGAAGUGAACCGUGCAGAAAUUAAGUUCCACAAACAAACCGAAUGCUGGUCGCUGCUGAUGGUUGUUGUUGUUGUAUUGUAGCGGCAUUUCAGUGCUGACGUAACGUCAGUGCUUUCGGUAUUAUUUGGUGCAUUUCUGCUAACACUGUUGGUAUUUUUUAGGCGUCGUGUCGCAACAAAAGUGAAAACAAAAACCAGUGGCAAAAGAAAACGAAACAAAUUACCAUAAACUUUUAUAUUUUGCAACAGUCUCAUAACUGUGCAAUCAAUGUUGGCGUUAAAACAAUUACAAUUUGAAAGAAAAGUGAAUGUCUGAAUAUAAACUUCACUAAAUAGCAUGAUAGCAAUGAAAACUUUGCCGCAUCUGCGUUUUGUGUGUCCCAUGCCAGUAAAUAGAUAGAGCAAGAGAGCAGCUAUCAACAAACGCCGAAUACGACAGCCAAACGCAAUAGUAAAGCGAGCGAAUUACUCCCAAUUGUGAGACUCAGCGCAAUCGCACUCAGCACAUAAUCCACAUUAAAAAACAGCAGAGCGAACCGUCGCCGUCGCAUCGGUCUUGCUUGCACCGGAAGGCGACGCGUGUUUCAGAUUGACGAGAGCCAGCAACGCGUCGAGUGUGCUUUUUAGCAACGUGCGCGUAAAACAAAAGGCGACAACGACAUACUACAACAAAGUAACAAAAGUCAGCAGGGAGAAAACGAAAAACGCAAAGAGAAAGAGAGACAGAGAGAGUAAAUGGAUGCUUGCCACCCACACCACUAGCGGCGAGAAAACCAAAGCGAAUGUGUGAAGUGCCCGCCGACUAAAUCACUCACACAUACAAACACAAGCACAUACACAAAUACAAUCAAACGGCACAUAGACACGCUCGCACGCAAAAUAAAACAAAACGGAACGCAGAGAAAAAACGCCCACCGUACAGCCCUGCCUCCCCCCCCCUUCCGUUUGCCGCUAGCGCGUGUUUUCGUUGCCAGAAGCAACCAUCACGUCACAGUACCCUAAGCGGUCGAAGAAGAGAGCCGCCGCCGUUGGAGCCCUGCGCAGAAAUCGAUUUUUUUUUUGCCCAUUUUCGUACGUGUUUCGCGUACGAAGUCAACCUCAACCGAAAUUCGUUUAAAACAAGCACGCAUUGUCUCUAAAUGUGUGCAAAUGAGAGGUAAGCAGCUGCAAACGCACUGCAAUUGCGGAUUCGUGAGAAUAUAGCUAAAAGCGAAUAGGUUAACUGCAGCGCGAUCGAUCGAGGCGAAACCAAAACCAAAAACCAAAAACCGAAACCGAUGCCGAAAACGAAAACGAAUACGACGCACACGCUGCCCGCCCCGCCCACCCGCGCGCUUUGAGUGAAUGUGAAUGUGAAUGUGAAUGCGAAUGCGUGCGCAAAUGCAACGGCGAUCGACAGCCCAAAAGUAAAGAGAAAAGCAAAAAAAAAAAAAAUAAGCAACAAAUAUAAAUAAAUAAAACAACAAGCAAAAAAAGUGUGUGCUAAAAAGCUGUUCGGGCAUAAAUCCUACGCAUUGUUAAAAAUUAUCUGUGCACAGACAGCAGCAAAAAAAAAAAUAUAUAUAUAUAUAUAUAAGCAAUUUCUUGUUGCUGUUUUUUAAGCAAUCGCCGUGAGUCAUAAUUUAACGCUUUUAUUGUUGCUUGACUUAGCUGCCUGGCAUUGAGGUGCUCGCUGCGUCGCUCUCUUUGCGCGCUCUUCGCUCUUGAGCGCAAAGCACGCGCGCCGUUAUCGAAAAAAAGGCUAAAAGGAAAAGCGAGCUAGAAUUCUUGUACAUAUUUAAGAAUAUAUUUAUAUAUAUGCAUGCAUGUAUGUAUGUAUGUAUGUGUGUAGGCAAAGUGAGUUGCGUGUAAAACAAGAAGAAGCAGCAGCAGCAACAAACAAAAACUAAGGCCAAGUGUUUAGCUGAAGUCGUAUUUAUUUAGGGCAUGCGAAAAAAAACCAUUUAGCGGUCACAAAAACCAACGAAAAAUCAAUAGUCGCGAGUGUAAGCAGCAGAAAAUAUACAAAAAAAAAAAGCAAUAACAAAAAGCGUGCAAACAAGUUAAGCAACAAACGCUGCAAAAGUUAACAGUUAACUGUUAAACGGAACAACAACAACAAACGCUAAGCCAGAGCUUACGUAAAAAGCUCGCACGAAACUGUAAAUGCAACUGCAACUGCAUUCAGAAUAAUCAAUUUGCCAUUAUUAAAAAUAAUUACAAAAACUAAUUAUCAACGAAUUAAAGAGUACAACAAAGCGCAAAGAAUAAUAGAAAUAAAAGUAACGGCAAAUAUCAACUAGUUGACAGCAUGACGAAAGACAGAUUGGCCGCCUUGCAUGCCGCCCAGUCGGACGAUGAGGAGUCGGAGGAUGUGGCCGUCAAUGUGGAUGGCCAUGAUUCGUAUAUGGAUGAUUUUUUUGCCCAGGUGGAGGAGAUACGCGGCAUGAUUGACAAGGUUCAGGACAAUGUUGAGGAGGUGAAAAAGAAACAUUCGGCCAUAUUGUCGGCACCACAAUCCGAUGAGAAAACCAAACAGGAACUGGAGGAUCUAAUGGCCGAUAUCAAGAAGAACGCAAAUCGUGUACGCGGCAAACUCAAGGGCAUCGAACAGAACAUUGAACAGGAGGAGCAACAGAAUAAAUCAUCGGCCGAUUUACGUAUACGCAAAACGCAACAUUCAACAUUGUCGCGUAAAUUUGUCGAGGUCAUGACCGAAUACAAUCGCACCCAGACCGAUUAUCGAGAGCGCUGCAAGGGCAGAAUACAGCGUCAGCUGGAGAUCACAGGUCGUGCAACCACCAACGAGGAGCUCGAGGAUAUGCUCGAGCAGGGCAACUCCGCUGUCUUCACCCAGGGCAUCAUUAUGGAAACGCAGCAGGCCAAACAAACUCUGGCCGACAUUGAGGCACGGCAUGCGGACAUCAUGAAACUGGAGACGUCCAUUAAGGAGCUGCACGACAUGUUCAUGGACAUGGCCAUGCUGGUCGAGUCCCAAGGCGAGAUGAUCGAUCGCAUCGAGUAUCAUGUGGAGCACGCCAUGGACUAUGUCCAGACCGCAACUCAGGAUACCAAAAAGGCGCUCAAAUAUCAAAGCAAAGCGCGACGAAAGAAGAUCAUGAUACUCAUCUGUUUGACCGUGUUGGGUAUCUUAGCGGCUGCCUAUGUUAGCAGUUAUUUCAUAAUCAAAGCAAGCAAGUAGCAAGACAUAUUUGUAGCAACAUUUAUUUGUAACUAAAAAAAAAAAAAACAAACAGAAAUUCCAAGAGAAAAACAACAACGAGCAGCGCCAACUUCAUUUCUAAGGCACGUUUAGCUUUUCUUAAACAAAACUGAAACGAGAGUUUAUGCAACAACAAUAACAACCACAACAAGCAACACCUUUACAAACAACAACAACAAAUGAACAAAAACACAAAACGCAACAAAUUCGUGCAUCAAGUCGCAUUCAAUGUGUUUUCUCAAGCCCAACAACCAACAACAACCAACAGCAGCAACAAAAAACCAGCAAAAAUAAUACAAAAUAAACCAAAACGCGUACAAAAAAGUAUAUAUAAUAUAAAUAAUAUAUAAAAUCGACGUAUAAACCCAGUGUUUAGCCUCAGUGCCAACGUCUCCAACGUCUACACUCCACCUGCAGCUACCAAGCGUCAUUUUUCCAACAGAGCCCCAUAUGACCCGUAUCUAGGGUAUUGCCGAGCACCAUGCAUAAUGCCGCUCUGUGUCUAUGUUUUAUUAGAGCGCGCCUAGU